AUGAAACCAGGAAUAGAAAAUUUCGAAUAUGUAUUCACUUACUUACUUGUCCUUUAUAUAUGCCGCUUCCUCAUGAAUGUUGUAUCCACUCUAGAGUGGGAUUACAUCCGUACACCAGGUUUCGCACCCAAGUCAUCGCCGCAGAAAAAUUUCCCAGUACUAGAAAAAAAAAACCACUACAUUAUGAACAGAGGUAGAGGCGGCUUCAGAGGCGGCUUCAGAGGCGGCCGUGGUGGAUUUUCACAAACCCCACAGGGUCCCCCAGAAACGGUUUUGGAGAUGGGCUCUUUCAUGCAUGCUUGCGAAGGUGACAUUGUGUGUCGUUCGAUCAAUGUCAAGAUUCCAUACUUCAACGCGCCCAUCUUUUUGGAAAACAAGACACAGGUGGGUAAGGUUGACGAAAUCUUGGGUCCCUUGAACGAGGUUUUCUUCACUAUCAAACCUUCCGAGGGUGUUCAGGCCUCUUCUUUCAAGGACGGUGACAAGUUUUACAUCAGCCCAGACAAAUUGCUCCCCUUGGAGCGCUUUUUGCCUAAGCCAAAGGAAGUUGGCCCCAAGCCCAAGAGAAAGGCUGGUCCAGGUGCUUCGCGCGGCGGCCGUGGCGGUUUCGGCGGCCGUGGAGGCUCGAGAGGAGGAUUUGGAGGUCGUGGUGGAGCCAGAGGCGGCUUUGGCGGUCGUGGUGGCUCCAGAGGCGGUUUUGGUGCCAGAGGAGGCUCGAGAGGUGGCUUUGGUGGCCGUGGAGGAAGCCGUGGUGGCCGCGGUGGACGUUUUUAG